AUGCCUCUCUCAGACCCAUCUCGGAUGCUGAUUACUUCCUGCACCAAAGCUAUCACUGGGUUUUGUAUUAAGUCAGUCAUUUCGUAUGCACUAUAUCAAGUCAAAACAGGUGGUUUGCCUGUUGACCUUCGUAUACUAACAAAUUCCCCCUUGCAGCUUCAGACUGGUAUCUGUAGACUUAGAGUUCAAAUCCAGCACCUGACUAGAUCCAAGUAGUUUUUCUGUGCACAGCUCACCUCAAGCCAGUGGG